GGUUUUUUUCAAAGCACAAUGAAGAGAGCUAAACGAUGGAGUUUAAUAGCAGCCGCUCUCUUAGCCUUUGCCAUAGCCCAACACGUUGAUGCUGUUGCGCCAUUCAAAAAAGUGUCCAUUGCCCCCAAAACAACAUCAACAACAACGCCCACAACACCAGCGGCAGCCGGUGCCGAAACGAGUGCCGAUGAAUCUUCAACGGCGGGCGAGGAGAAAGUGGAAGAACACAAGAACGAUGCCACACCCAAACCCAAUUCCCGAGAAUCCAAACUGACGGGUAUACCACAAAUCGAUUACAUUUGGGAUCCAAAUUUACCCAGAGAAUUGAGAGGCUACAACCUAUCCUCAUAUCCAUUCCUGUCAACGACCCCAGCCGAUGAAGAUAUCCAUUUCAAGUGUGAUGGCCUGCAUGAUGGUUUCUAUGCAUCCAUUGAAUAUAAAUGUCAGCUCUAUCAUCACUGCGUCUAUGGCAUUCGACACGAUUUCCUUUGCGCCAAUUUCACAGCAUUCGAUCAGAAAACAUUCAUCUGUCACUUUGCCUCCGAUGUCGAUUGUGAAGGUUCGGUAAAAUAUUGGAACCGAAAUGACGAUUUGUAUAUGGCAACGACGACAACUUCGACGACUACAACAACUACGGAGCCACCACCAACACAACGCCGAAAACAAGUUAGACCAUUGAGGCCAUUACGUAGACCUGGCAGUCGUCGUCCCGUCGAUGAUUAUUACGAUGAAGAGGAAUACGAUGAGGAUUACUAUGAGGAACGUUUAAAUAAACGUCGUAAGAAUCGUCCACGUCAUCGUCGUCCCAUUGUCGAAUAUGAGGAUGAAGACUAUGAGGAUGAAAAACGUUCACUGGCAGAUGAGAAGCCAAGACGCCCAAAUACACGUAAACGUUUCCAGGACGAAGUUGAUGCUGAAGAUGAUUACGAUUUCGACAAACCCAAACCAAAGACCCGUGGUAAACCAACACCCGCCGCCGAAAGACGUAAGAUAAGCAGUCGUAAACCCGGAAGCUUUUCGGGACGUGCCAAUGCCGACGAGAGACGCAGCUUCAGUGAUGAUCGUCCAGUUUUGGGAGGUCGUCGAAAAGCCACCCCUGUCGUUGUAGACGAUGUUGAUGAAACGGAAGAGCAACCUGCACCACCACCACGUCGUCAAACUGGCCGCAGACGUAUCAAUGAGAAACGUACUUCAACCACAGCAGCCCCCAGGGAUGAAGUCGACGAUUUGGAUGAAUAUGAAAAACCUGACUCCCUCAUUCCCGAUCAAGAAGAAGCCGCAGCCGACGAAGAUGCUCCACCAAAAGUGAGAACCACUCCCAAACCCCUAGAGGAAUUUAUAACACCAAAGGCAGCACCCUCUUCGGUUUAUUCCCGCCCAAGAGCACCUCCACGAAUUGCCCGACCUGUACCCAUCAAUGAAAAGAGUAAAUUCAAAUAUCCCGUACAGAAAACAGCAACAACAGCCUCUCCAGCCAAUGCCGCCUCCGAGGGUGACGAUGACUACUAUGAAGAUGAGGAAUAUGAUGUAAGGCCACGUCGUGGUCACAAUAAGAAACGUAUCGUCGAUGAUGUGUCCGUUGAUGAGGAUGAAGAUGACGUACCACCAAGAAGAGGUAGUGCUCGUAAGCCAACCCGAACUCUAAGAAAACCAACUGUCGCCGAUAAGAAACCUAUUGACGACGAAGAGGAAUACGAUGAUCGCUACAGUGGCCGCGGUAAUGGCCGUCGACGCAAUUCUUUGAACGGUCGUAAACGUGGUCGUGUACCACCUCAAGACGAUGUCGAUUUUGUAGAUGACGAUUACGAGGAACGUCCAGCUGGUAAACGGUCACGACCACAAACCUCCGCACGUAAGGGAGCCAAAAAGCCAAGAAUACCCGAUCCCUCCGAAGAAAUUGAAGAUGAGGAAGAAAUUGAACCAGAGCCCGUGAAGGCACCCAUUAAAAGUCGGACCAGCUUAGCAGCUGCCAGCAGACGUAAACCAGGAGCAAUUCGUUCCCGUAAUGCACCCGCCAAAGCCGAGCCACUCACAACCAAAGACACUGAAGAUUCGGAUGCUGUAGAUACCGAAGUCGAUGCCCCUACUGCUGAGGAAUCUGAAACACCAAAUAAAUCAAAUCUACCAACCAGUCGGCCCGCCUCGGUACGUGUUGUUAAACGACCAUUCCUACCAUCACGUGGUGGCAGUCCAUACCUACCAAGGGGCCUACAACCCGUUGGCUCCGCCCACAAACAACAGCCACAACAGCAAGUGACGUUGGUGGAAUCGCACACCACUGACAGCAGUGCUGCGGACAUCUUAUCCACCAUGUCCGGAGUGCAUUUGCUGGAGCACGGUGCUCCGUUGUUGCGUGAUUCCGGGUCACGUACGACAUUGCCACCACGUAGCAUGUUGCCAUCAUCCGUUAGCUCUCAGUCACGUCAGCCCGAGUCAUCGGUGUCAUCGAGCAAGGCCACCUUGGAUGAGCUCUACGAAAAUGAUUACGAUGUGACGCUUAACGACGCUUUAAAUCCAACGCUUAAACCGCUUUCGCCGCAUCAAUCUUCCCACUAUAAUCUGCAUCAUCAGCAACCACAACAACAACAACUACAACAACCACAGCAUUCUCAUCUCGACAAUAACGCCAAUAAUCAUAUCCGCCGGCGAACGAUCAUCACGGCGCCGGUCGCGCAAUCCAAUCGCCAAACCGGAAGUGGAGCCCGAAGAGAAAUAGCCCCACCUCCCGCAGCAGCUGACUAUUACGAAGAAGAAUAUGAUUAUUAA